UAUUAUCAGCAAAAUGAAAUCAAAAAGCUUGCAGGGAAAACGAGCUCAAGCAUCGGUAUCUAGUGAGAAAUAUGAGAAGUAUUGGGGAGAUGUUGACAAGAUGAACAAGUUGUUGUACAUAGCUGCCGUUUUAGAUCCACGGCGAAAGUUGCGCUUUAUUGGUUUCGCUCUCAAGUGGAAGUAUGAUGAUGAGAAAUCGGCUAGUGAUUUGACAAGUGAUGUUGAGGAGGCUACUUAUGAGUUGUAUGCUCAUUAUGAGAAUCAAGUAGGUGAAGCUUCAUCAUCCUCUCAAACAGAACUAGAUGAAGAUGGUGGAAACGUGGAUCUAAUUGCGGAGUAUAUGAAGCAAUUGCAAAAAGAAAGAGGUGUAGUCAACAAAACUGAGUUGGAUAGGUAUUUGAACGAGGAAGUUGAAAGAUCAAUGGAUCCCAAAUUUGAUGUGCUAGGCUGGUGGAAAGUAAACAGCCACAGGUUUCCAAAUUUAUCUCGGAUGGCAAGGGAUGUAUUGGCUAUCCCUAUUUCUACAGUUUCG